AUGAGCGCUAGGGUAAAGUUGGCUAGGAGCGCUACGGUAAAGUUGGCUAAGGACGCUAGAGUAAAUUUAGCUAGGAACACUAGGAACGUUAGGGGCUCUACGAAACAAAAAUUAUUACCAGUAAUGGUAUGGAUUUUUGGAGGAGGUUUUUACGUGGGAAGUAGCGAUUCUACCAUCUAUGGACCAAAUUACCUUUUGGAUCAGGAUGUGAUACUUGUUUCUAUGAAUUAUCGAUUAGGAGUUCUUGGUUUUUUCACUACAGGGGAUUCAAUAGUGCCAGGAAACAUGGGAUUGAAAGAUCAAGCACUUGCUCUUAAAUGGGUUAAAGAAAACAUCCAACUUUUUGGUGGCGAUCGAAACAGAGUGACACUUUUUGGACAAAGUUCAGCUGGAGCUUGCGUCAACCUUCACGCACUUUCGGAUUUAUCUCAAGGAUUAUUUAACCAAUAUAUUAUCGAAAGUGGCACCGCAUUUACUGGAUGGGCAUAUCGGAAUAGAAACGAAUUUAAACCCCACAUAGAUAAACUUGCCGAAACUGUUGGAUGUCCUGCGGGAAGUUCUAAAAUCCUUCUGAAAUGUUUACGAGGAAAAAGUGUUGAUUCCUUAGUAAGUACAUUUGUCGACGAUUUGUAUGAUUUCUCCAAAUUGAUAUGGAUCCCUACAGACGAAAUAAAAUCAAAAAAUGCUUUCUUGAGUGAUAGUCCGAUAAAUUUAAUUAAAAAAAAGAAAAUGAAAGAUGUCCCUUCCAUGAGUGGCACAUGUGUUGACGAUGGAUUGUCAACUACUCUUAAUUUUUACUUAAAACCAGCAGAUGACGCGGCAAUAAAAAAAGCAUUGGACCAAUAUAUGACUACUACUAUACAAUCUUUCCAUAAAUCUGAAAAUCUACCCAAGAUGAGAAAUAUUGUUAAUAGCUAUUACUUUAAAAACCCCGUUCUCGAAAAUAAAAACAAACUUUUGAAAUCUUUUACCAAAUUUGCAAGCGACAGUCGAUUUAAAUACCCAGAAUACAUUUUAUUAGAAAAUAUGGCAACCGUGAUGAAAAAUCCCUUCUACGCAUAUUCAUUUGGUUAUCGUGCUGAUGAAAGUUUGGUUUCUCUCAAUUAUGGCUUGAAAGGAAAUAUUGGUGUUACCCAUAGUGAAGAAGUUAUUAAACCAACUUCUAAGUUACUCUCUGAUCAGGAUCUCUGGCAACCAUACUCUAAAGAGAAAAGUUUUCUUCAAAUUGGUGAUCUUAGUAACAAUAAUAAUCCAGCUGUGACUCUGCAACAUCGUUAUUUUGCUGAAGACAUGGAUUUUUGGAAAAAGAAUUUUCCCGUCUGA